ACCAAAUGAUUUUCCAUUGCAUUGUUGAUUGCUAUUUAUAGAGGAAUUCAUGUUUGGGUAUGAACUUGUAGGAUAAGAAGUAGCAGAAUCAGCAUUGAGAGAGAGUGUAUUGUGUUGAUCAUCAUGAUCACUCAUGGUGUUGUUGUGGUGGUGCAGCGGUGGUUAUUAGUGCUUACACUACUGUGUAAUGGUGGCAUAGUAAGCAUUUCUGGUAAUAAACUUGAUGAUGUUUACAAGCAGUUGAAGCAAUUGAACAAGCCUGCUCUUAAAUCCAUCAAGAGUCCAGAUGGAGAUAUAAUCGAUUGUGUCCAUAUCUCUCAUCAGCCAGCUUUUGACCAUCCUUUACUCAAGAACCACACCAUUCAGAUGAGGCCAAGUUACCACCCAGAAGGGCUAUUUGAAGAGAACAAGGAGUCCAUUCCAAAGUCUAAUGAAGGAAUAUCAAAGUCAAUUACUCAGCUAUGGCACUUAAAUGGAAGGUGCCCAGAAGGAACUAUUCCCAUUAGAAGAACAAAAAAGAGGGAAAUACUCAGAGCAAGCUCUAUCAAGAGUUUUGGAAGGAAGCAACAUGGAACCAUCCCUGAACCAACAAUGCCUACUAAACCUGAACCCAUCAAUCUAAGUGCUCACCAGCAUGCAACAGUUGUUGUUCAAGGAGACAAGUAUUAUGGAACAAAGGCAACCGUGAAUGUUUGGAAACCCAUAGUCCAACAAUCUAAUGAAUUUAGCUUGUCCCAGCUCUGGAUCAUGGCAGGUUCUUAUCCUUCAGAUCUCAACACUAUUGAAGCUGGUUGGCAGGUUUUCCAAGAUUUGUAUGGAGAUGACAACCCCAGACUUUUCACCUACUGGACUAGAGAUGCAUAUCAACAAACAGGAUGCUAUAACCUGCGCUGCCCAGGCUUUAUUCAAACCAGCAAUAAAAUGGCAAUGGGGGGCACCAUCUCCCCUAUUUCUGCUUAUGAUGCUUCCCAGUAUGAAAUCAACUUCCUAGUUUGGAAGGACACAACAAGAGGUGAAUGGUGGUUGCAAUUUGGGAAUGAGGUCGUGGGUUACUGGCCAACCUCCUUGUUUUCAUACCUUCAUGACGGUGCUUCACAGAUUCAGUGGGGAGGAGAGGUGCUAGACUAUGCGUCAGGUGGGCAACACACCACCACCCAAAUGGGGAGUGGCCAUUUCCCUGAAGAAGGGUUUGGCAAAGCUAGUUACAUCAAGAACAUCCAGAUAGUAGAUGGUUCCAACAAACUAAUAGCUCCUAUAGGUGUUAGCACUUUGGCUGAGCAACCCAAUUGCUACAAUGUUCAAAUUGGCAAGAAUAGUGACUGGGGCAACUACAUUUACUAUGGUGGUCCUGGUCGAAACCCUAAUUGCGAGACAACAGAAUUAAUUUUUUAUAGCUUGCAAUGCAUACUGUAAAUUCUUUCACAACAUGCACACAAAUGUCGUUAUAUGACAUGACAUGCAGAUAAAGUUGUAAAAAGUAAUAAAUUAAACAUUAAUGACAUAUUUUAAAUGUCGUAUAUAAUUUUCUACGACAUUUUUUUCA